AUGGUAAAUCUUGUUGUGUUCUGUUUAGGUUUGUUUCCCGCUAUACUGAAUCUUGCCAGUAAUGCCGUUAUUACCACUAAUGCCACAUGUGGUGAAAUGGGACCAGAAAUGUUUUGUAAACUUGUAGAACAUGUGCCAGGGAGGCCAAUACGCAACCCUCAAUGUAGCAUCUGUGAUGAGAACAGUUCCAAUCCCAAAGAACGGCACCCGAUAACCAAUGCAAUCGAUGGCACUAAUGAUUGGUGGCAAAGUCCCAGUAUUCAGAAUGGCAGAAUAUAUCACUGGGUCACCAUAACACUGGAUUUAAGACAAAUCUUCCAAGUUGCAUACAUAAUAAUUAAAGCAGCAAAUUCCCCACGGCCAGGUAACUGGAUAUUAGAACGUUCUCAGGAUGGUGUUGAGUUCACGCCUUGGCAGUAUUAUGCAAUCAGUGACUACGAGUGCUUGAGUCGAUACAACGUGACACCAAGACUUGGGCCACCAACGUACAGAAGGGAUGAUGAAGUGAUUUGCACGUCAUUUUAUUCAAGACUUGUGCCACUGGAACAUGGAGAGACCAAUGACAUGACCAGCAAGGACAAUUUGUUGGAAAUUCUUGUCUUUGAUGAUCUCUUCAGCCUUGCGCCAUUCAUCACCUACUGUCUGAUAGUGAAGAGAGUUUGCGCGGUGUUUGGAGGUUUAGUAAAAUUUGAAGAAGCUUGCCAAUGCCAUCCUGAAAGCUCUGUUUCAGGCAUUUGUCGCCACGAGACUGGCAUAUGUGAAUGUAAACCAAAUGUGUUUGGAAAAAGAUGCGAUCAGUGCGUGCAUGGAUUCUACGGUUUGACGUCUGGCAUUGGAUGUCUCCCCUGUGAUUGUAACGAGUCAGGCUCCGUUUCAGAUGCUUGUAAUGAUGCCGGGCAGUGCACCUGCGUACCUGGAGUAGCUGGACUCAAGUGUGAUGUUUGUGCCCAUGGAUUUUAUGCAUACCAGGAUGGCGGCUGCACUCCUUGUGACUGUGCACACACCCAGAAUAACUGUGAUCCUGAGUCUGGAGAGUGCAUCUGCCCUCCUCAUACGCAUGGACCCAAGUGUGAAUUCUGUGACACCAACUACUGGGGUCAUGAUCCAGAACUUGGAUGUCUGGAAUGUAACUGCAGCAAAGAUGGGUCCAACAGCCUCCAGUGUGACCUUUCAACUGGCCAGUGCCAUUGCAGAAAGGAAUUUGGUGGACAGAGCUGCAGCGCCUGCCUGUUUGGAUAUAGGAAAUAUCCCGAGUGCGUUUCUUGUGACUGUGAUCCCGAAGGCACGCAGUCUGCAUGGUGUGAUGAUGAACGGAAGGUGUGCAGCUGCGUGGAAGAGACCGGCGAAUGUGCUUGUAAGGACAAUGUGGUUGGAAGUUAUUGCAACGAGUGUAAGGCUGGCACUUUUGCUCUUCAUGCUGAGAAUCCACUGGGCUGUUCCCUCUGUUUCUGUUCUGGAGUAUCCCAGCUUUGUGCCGAAAUGGAAGGCUAUGUCCGCAUACCUGUAAAAUCCUGGUCAAACCCAGAGAAUUCCAAGAUAUGAAUAUAACAUAAAAAUUUAUUGUUGAGCCGUAAAGGUCUAAUGUUUGCGGUUGCAUUAACAGUCAUUCUUUUUAUUUUGUCUGGCAAUGUAAACCAUGUUUUACACUUUUAUCUUCUAUUUAUCUUGCCACAGAUUUUGGCCUACGGUGGAAUGCUGUCAUAUGUCAUUACUUAUUAUGCUCUGGGAGAUUCUGGUUCCUCUGAUUUUGAGCCCCAGAUUUUAAUGAAAGGUGGGAGCGCCAGCAAACUGAUUAUAUCUAUGUACACCCCUGCUCCUGGAAACGCGGUGAGAGCGGAGAUUCAAGCCAGCAUGACAGAGAAUAACUGGAGGUAUUUUGAUUCUGAACAGACUGUAACAAGAUCAGAUUUCAUGUAUGUUUUAAACAACAUUGAUUACAUUCUAAUCAAAGCAUCUUAUGGAUAUGGAUUACAACAAAGCAGGAUCUCUAAUAUAUCAAUGGAGAUUGCGGUGGAGACAUCAGACAUGCAUUCUGGCCGAGAAGCUGCUCAUCUCAUUGAGGUCUGCGAGUGCCCCCCUGGUUAUAGAGGACUUUCAUGUCAGGAGUGUGCACCUGGAUACUAUAGAGAGAAGCUCUCAGAAAUCAGUAUCUUAGGGUUACGUUUCCAAAACCCUCCCUGUGUCCCCUGUCAGUGCAGCAACCACAGCGAGAUCUGUGAUCCAGAUACUGGCAGAUGCAUGGACUGCCAAGAUAAUACAGCUGGUGACCACUGCCAUCUAUGUGCUCCUGGCUACUAUGGGAAAGUAACUGGGUCAAUUGCAGAUUGCUCAUUGUGUGCUUGUCCCAAGGGCAACAGCCAGAGUUUUAGCCCCACAUGCGUCCUAGAAGGUAUUAAUGAUUUCCGUUGUGAUGCCUGUCUACCUGGAUAUGAAGGGCGAUACUGUGAAAGGUGUUCUCUUGGCUACUACGGAAAUCCAAAUGAGCCUGAUGGCUUCUGCCAGAAAUGUGACUGCAACCCAAGCGGCUCAUUGAAUAAUGAAUGUGAUCGGCUAACCGGCCAGUGCAUUUGCAAAACAGGAGUAACUGGCCGUCUUUGUGAUACUUGUGAAUUAAGACACAUUCUUUUGGAAGAAGAAUGUAUAUUGCCUUCCUCACCUGUUGUCUCUGAGUCUGUGCCAAUAAGAGUCAGCCCAAUAAUAUCCCUGGACAAGACAAUGGAGCAGCUCAGUUCUUUGUCUAAAGACACCCUCCAACUUGAGCAGCACAUGGAGCAGGUGAUAGGUGAUGGAGAAGCACUGAACAAUGCCACCAUCAGAACUCUGAAUAAGACUCAAGAGUUAAUCGGCUUUAUUGACAAAAUGCAAACGACUAUUCAAGUAUUGGUGGAAGUGGUCGAAAGCCUAAAUGAGACGAGCAUUGAUACACAGCUCUCUGACAAUUUGCAAUUAAAUUAUGAGGAUGAUGUCUCCUUAAUGCUCAGUUCUAUGAGGUCGAAAUAUUUUGAUGAUCAAAGUCAAGAUGCUACCAAAACCCUCAAAGUAUCAGAAGGCUAUCUACACAGAGUUGAGAAAGAAUAUGAGAAGCCACACCAAGAUUUAACAAAGUUAAAAAAUAGUCUUGAAAAUGCCCUCGCACAACGUAACAACAAACUACUGGCAGCGGAGGAUUUGCUGUAUGUGGCAUCUGCAAACACCAACAACACCAACGAUCUGCUGGUCAUUAUACAAAGAAAUCUGGCUGAUUUGAGGACAAAAAAACACGACCUUCAGGAAAAUAAGAACCGUUCUGUGUUGUUGAUUGAGGAAGGUCUUGGGCUGGUGGAUGAUGCAGUUUUGCUUGCAGAGGACACCAUUAAUGCUACAUCUGUUUUGGAGACCCACCAAGAGGAGCUUCUUCUUUGGAAUUCUAAACUGAGACACCAUGUAGAUCGUCUGGUAAUGCAGAUGGCCAAAAGAGACGCACUUGACAUGGUCUAUAAGGCAGAAGAUUAUGCAGCUGAACUACACAAACUUUCUGCUUCUCUAAAUAGUUCUCUUUUAGAUGUAAGGAAUGCCUCUUUGAAUGCCACCAGUGCGAUCCAUUCUCACACAGAUAUCAAAAAUAUGAUUGAGCAAUCAGAGGUUCUUGCAGAACAGUGUAACCACACAGUUACAGGAGUCCUGGCAAUGGUUUCAGGGGCAAAUGGAUCUUUACAAGUUGCACCAAAAAAUUCUAUGAAGUUCAGCACACAACUUCUGAAUGAGGCCAAAAAUUUAAGUCUUAGCACGGAAGGUCUUGUGUCUGAUUUGAACGAUCUGAAAACAAAAGCAGAUACAAUACAAAAACGCACUCAUGCAUUUACACGUCAAAUAAGUGAACAGCUGCUGGCUCUGAGAAAUUUACCAAAUGAUACCAGUGAGAAACUACAAGAUGCUAAAGAGCUUGCCUUGUCUGCCAAUGUCAGUGCAGCUGGCACUUUAAACCAUAUCACGAACUUCAACCAAAAGGUGUUAACUGCGUCCUCUGCGCUGUCCAAAGUCAAUGACACGCUGCGGAAAACCAACGAGCUUCUAGCGGACUCAUCCAAGACGACGGUAACAGCGGAAAGCAGAAUUAAAGAAGUGGAAACACAGGCCAACAUUUUAUUGGAUAGACUGAAACCCUUGAAAUUGCUUGAGGAAAACCUAAGCAGAAAUCUAUCUGAAAUUAAAGAGCUUAUUAGUCAGGCCCGUAAACAGGCCGCAUCGAUUAAAGUGGCUGUUUCAGCCGACAGAGAUUGUGUACGCUCUUACCACCCAGAGCUCUAUUCUACACAUUUCAGCACUCUAACUCUUAAUGUUAAGACCGGCGAGCCGGACAACCUGCUUUUCUACCUGGGCAUCAGCACGAAAGCUGACUUCAUGGCGGUAGAAAUGCUGAAAGGCAAGGUUUCCUUCCUUUGGGACCUGGGCGCAGGAUCUGUAAGGCUCGAAGAACCUGAUAUCCAGAUAAACAAUAACAAGUGGCAUAAAAUACACGCAACAAGGUUUGGUAAAUCAGGUUCAUUGACUGUGGAAGAAAUUGGCACUUCUCAGAAGCCCACAGCCAAAAUGUCAUCUUCACCUGGUACAUCAUCCAUACUCCACAUCGAUAACUCAACAUUGAUGUUUGUUGGGGGAAUAGGAGGACAAUUACAGAAAUCAACAGCAGUCAAGACCACAGAUUUUAAAGGUUGCAUGGGCGAGGCGUUCCUUAAUGGGCACUCCAUUGGUUUAUGGAACUAUGUUGAGAGAGAGGGCAAAUGUGGUGGAUGCUAUGGAAGCCCACGAGAAGAAGAAACUGCUUUCCAUUUUGACGGCAGUGGAUAUUCUAUUGUAGAGAAGACGCUUCGUUCCACUUCAUCUCAGAUAGUUAUCCAUUUCCGAACAUUCGCUCCAAAUGGCCUUCUUUUGUAUCUUGCUUCCAAUGGAACACGAGAUUAUUUAUCUAUGGAAAUGGUGGACGGUAAACUGAGAGUAUCUGUCGAAUUGGGAUCAGGACCUCUGAUACUGAUGACAGAUGGACGCUAUAAUGAUGGAGCAUGGCAUAAAGUAGCCUUCCAGCGCAACAGGAAGCAAGGUAUACUGGCUGUGAUGGAUUCCUACAACUCAACCCAGAGAGAAACCAAGCAAGGAGAAGCUCCAGGCGUUGCUUCAGACCUUAACCGGUCUGAUAAGGAUCCUAUUUAUAUUGGUGGACUUCCCAGAUCCAGGAGUGUUAGAAAACAGCUUAGCAGCAGGUCCUAUGUGGGCUGUAUAAAGAACUUGGAGAUUUCCCGCUCAAAUUUUGACUUGCUAAGAAAUGCCUAUGGUGUAAGAAAAGGCUGUAAACUGGAGCCAACUCGUAGCAUCACCGUUUUAAAAGAUGGCUACGUGGAAAUGCAGCCAGUAUCAUUGGCAGCAGAAUCAGAGCUAAUGGUAUCGUUCUCCACACUCAAUGAAUCUGGAAUUAUCGUGGCUGGAUUUGGCAAGGGAGCGGAAAAACGCAGUCGCAGGCAAGCUCUCUUGCCAUUCUUUGCUAUAAUGCUGGUGAAUGGACAUAUUGAAUUCCAUAUCAACCCUGUGGAUGGUGCCAGCACAAGAAAGGUCAUCAUCAAAUCUCCUACUGGAACCUUUAGUGAUGGACAAGAACACUCUAUUAUUGUCAUCCGGAACAAGAGACUUGUGAAUGUACAAGUGGAUGAAGGAAAACCUUCCGAGGUGAAGAUGAACGGACCAUCUGUCGAUUCCAUCUCUAUAAAUGCUUCCAAUUUUUAUGUCGGUGGCGUCCCUGGUAAAAUGGGUACAGCCCCCCUCAAAACAAGCCAGUCUUUCUACGGAUGUAUACGCAAUCUGGUUGUAAAUAUGGAGCAGAUGGAUUUCACCAAUGUCCUGAAAUAUGAGGGGGUUCAUAUGGAUAGCUGCAUGCUGUCAGAGAAGCCUAAAUCCAUUGCCCAGCUGGAAGUGGAAGUUCUGCCGACUGCAACGCCUGCUCAGCCUGUCACAGAGAGAAAAUUAACUACCCCCAUACAGAAAUCAUUUGUAACUAAGCCAUUGCAGUGUGCACUGGAGAUGAUGCCGGACCAUGUGCCAGAUGCUCACCAGUUUGGCCUCACUCAGGGAAGCCACAUUGUACUGCCUUUUGACCAAUCAGCUGUCAGAAGAAAACUCUCUGUACAGAUAACUCUCAGGACAUAUGCCACCAGUGGUCUUAUUUACUAUAUGGCUCACCAGAACCAGAUGGAUUACGCUGCACUUCAACUUCAUGAAGGGAAACUUUAUUUCUUAUUUGAUAUGGGAAAAGGACGGACUCAGGCUUUCCAUACGGCUGUUAUUAAUGAUGGAAAGUGGCACUCAGUAAUAACAGAAUAUUAUAAAAGAAAAGGUACGAUUACUAUUGAUGGUCAGGAAUCAGCAUCAGUUAGUGCUCCAGGGGACAGCAAUACUUUGGAUGUGGAAGGGAAGCUUUAUCUUGGUGGGCUUCCACUAGACUAUACAGCGAAGAGCAUUGGGAAUAUCACACACAGUGUCCCAGCAUGCAUUGGCAAAGUUGCCAUUAAUAACAAACAACUGGAUAAGGAGAGCGCUAUCUCCAUACACGCAGUAAAUAAGUGCUACGCAUCUGUCCAAGAGGGAACUUACUUUGAUGGAACUGGAUUUGCUGCCCUUGUUAAAGAGGGGUACAAAGUCCGCUCAGACGUAAACGUGUCUCUCGAGUUCCGCACUACACAGAUGAACGGUGUUCUUCUUGGAAUUAGCAGCGCUAAAGUUGAUGCCAUUGGCCUGGAAAUCAUACAUGGCAAGGUUUUGUUCCAUGUUAAUAAUGGUGCCGGCAGAAUAACAGCAGUGUACAAGCCAGAGAGCCCCAGCUCUUUAUGUGAUGGCAAGUGGCAUAAGCUUCAGGCCAGUAAAAUUAAACAUCGCAUUGUCCUUACGGUGGAUGGAAAUGUUGUGAAUGCAGAGAGCCCACAUGUCCAGUCAACCUCUGCAGACACUAACAAUCCGAUUUAUGUUGGAGGCUAUCCGGCUGAUGUGAAGCAAAACUGCUUGACCAGCCAGACCUCAUUCCACGGAUGCAUACGCAACAUGAAACUGGUGAAGGGCACGCAGACCGAAGCCAGUGAUUUCAGCAAAGCCUUUGAAAUGCGCGGAGUCUUUCCUCAUUCCUGUCCUGGAACAGAACAAUAAACAGGAGACAUAUCUCCUACAUAUACAUUCAUCGAACAAGAUGUUAU